AUGUGGAAAAGAAAAAAAGAACAGAAAAAUCUGAAAAAACAAGGAAAACAAGAAGCUACAGCUAUAUUGAGAAAACUCGAAGGACAUCUUCAAAAUGCCAAAAUCAUGAAUGGUCCAAAUCAAGAAUACAAUCUCGCAAAAUCAAUGUUCAUUGAUGAUUGUAUGAUUUCAACUCCAAACAAAAGUGCACCAAUUGAUGCAUUUCUUCAAAGUGUUGUAUUGGGUAAACAAUUUCUGAUCAAUUAUGAUUCAUUGGUUGUAUUAGUUAAAGAUGAUUACACGAUGUGUAGUUUUGAAUUUGUGAAUUCGAAAUUUACAUUGCAUAUUGAUUUAAUUAUGAAAAAGCAAAAUAAUGGUGAAUGGAAAUUUGUUGAGGGAAAUCAUGGAGGAAUUUGGAAGCGGAAAGAAAUUGUGCAUACUGAUCAAGAAGCUGGACCUUCUUCUUCUUCGGGGCGAAAAUCGGGAUAA